AUGUGGUGCUUAAUCGUGCAGAAUUUCUUCGGCAUGGCAGCGUCGUUAUUGCCCACCGAGCUUUCGCACAAGGUCGCAGUCAUACACGCGUGUCUGACUGGUUUUCUUCUUAAGAAGGAGAUCCCCAUCUUCUCACGUUGGAGUGGCGCGUUCGCGGGUCUGAUGCAGUGCGUAGUAGCUGCAAAGCUCAUGACAUGGUACAGACAGAACCUCUCGUCUAAGGAUGUCAUUCGCGAUGCAUUCCUCUCGUCGGAUAUCCCGCCAAAUCAGCUCAAGGAUAUCGGGCGCAUGACGUUAAAACGUUGGCUAAGCGUGUUUCUACCUUUACCACAGCCCAUGGCCUUGUCGCUGAGCUACCCUGGUGUCAGCAAGAUCCGCACGGUUACUUAUGCUCAUGUCGGCAAAACCAAAACAACAAAGCUCCUGAUGGAUGUCUACAAGCACCGGGAUGCGCCUUCCAACGCACCUAUCUUCCUGUACAUUCAUGGAGGUGGUUGGGUCAUCGGUGAUCGCCGCAUCCCGCCAUUUGCCUGUGUCUACCAGGUUGCCUCAAUGGGCUGGAUAGUAUGCGUGAUCGACUACCGAUUAUCUCCUGGAGUGGCGUUCCCUAAACACCUCAUAGAUUCGAAGCGUGCGGUAGCUUUCCUUCGCCAAAACGCACGAGCUGAGUUCAACGCCAACCCAGAGUUUAUUGCUGUUGGCGGUGAGUCAGCUGGAGGACACCUGGCUAGUCUGGUAGGCCUCACCGCGGAUGACAAGUCCCUGCAGCCUGGCUUCGAAGACGUAGACACAAGUGUCCGCGCAGUUGUCGAUAACUAUGGUGUACACGACUUUACAGAUCGACAUGGAAUCUACUACGCUCGUGACAAAACGCGCGGACUUGUCCAGUACCUCGAGUUCUUGGUGAUGCAGAAAAAGUUAAAAGACAACAACGAGGACUUCGAGCGCGCGUCACCUAUCGCCUACUUGGACGAUGACCGUGCAGCACGUCGACGUGACAUCAUUCCACCAUUCCUGAUCACCCAUGGUACUCACGACAACACCGUGGCGUUCAAGGACUCGCGUCUGUUCUUCGAUCGCUUGCUCCACUAUCGUCAGAAUCUCCCCCAAAGUGUUGCGUCGUAUCAGGACAAGCAGCUCGGUGGUGUGCAGGAUGUCUUCGUAAAGGUGCCUUACGCCAGCCACAUGUUCAAUUUCUUGGUGUCUCCACGAGCAUUGGCGCAUGGCGACGCCGUGUGUGCUUUCCUGGAUAAUGUCUACAAGAAAACCAAGGAUAUACCACUCGAAGCGCGGAUGUUGCCCAGUCGCAUCGAGGAGUUGGUACCGGAACCACAAACCAACGAGCCAAUGCCUUCCGUCUCAUUGUCAAGAUUAUAG